UGCUAUACGCAAUUCAGCCAUCUCAUGGCUUCGGCCGCGUAGGUUCAAAUCCUGCAGUUGUCGCUUCACAGCGUCCAGGCAAAACCUGGAUUUCUCUUUUUGGCAGUUUUUUGGGGUUGUGGUGAUAGAAAAUGGUGUUGAGGUUGAAUGUUUGUCUGCAGUUCGAACUGCUGUUCUGCAGUUUGGUUUUGGGCAAGCGCAAGACGGAGGACGGAGGACGGGCAAAUUAAGUGGGGCCGUCUCUCGCAGGUGCAGACCUCGAAUCGAUGACCCAUGCAAAAAAGUUCCAUGGAGACAUAGAGAAAGAGUAUUCAUGAGCUGUCACUGUCGCUCAACACUGAGCUUUACCUUAUUGUUAUAUCCAUCAACCGAGUUUCUUAAGAUCGGCUUCAGCCUGACUCUUGACCACAAUUGAGCUCCAAGACACAAGAAUACUAUGUCAACCACAGGCUCCCAACACGCGCAGCCGGCGCCGGCGCAACCUGCUGGAUCGCAGCUCGCAACCACCCCCUCGCCCUCCUCGCAGCAGCAGCAGCAGCCGCCCUACAAUCUCCUCCACACCGCAGCCCUCGUAUGCACGCCCGUCGCCUUCCUGGGCCUCUUCCUGCCCCCGCGGCGGAUCGACUUCCGAGCCAUCGUCCUGGGCAGCACCGCCUUCUGGGGCGCUUCCCAGCUCAAGUACGACUACACGGGCACGUCGAUGCUGCACAACUGGUGGCUAAAGGAGAAAGACACGUCCGGCAAGCCCUCCACCGGCGGUCUAAACGACUAUCUGCCGAGCGACCGGGCGGCCGAGGUCAGCAGGCGCAUCAAGGAGGAGAAGGCGAGGCGCCAGAGGACGAAAGAGCUGCUGGCGAGCGGCAUGAGCGAGGAGGACGUCAAGAGAGUUCAGGAACUUGAGAGGAGGAAGCAGCGGCAACAACCCCAACAAGCAACAAACACCCUACAGACAAAGGGUGAGGGCGAGGGCGAGAGUGAGGGUGAGAAGGGUACGCUGAAGGCCAUCUGGAUGGGUGAUGCCAAGGAGAACUGGAGGGAAGAGCGCGCCAAGAAGGAACAAGAGGCCUUGGCUGAGGGUGGAGAGGGCAUCUGGGGGCUGAUUACGGAGCAGAUCUCGGAGGUAUACAACAGAGGGGAGAAAAAGGCGCAGGAAGAGAAGGCGAAGAGGGAGAACAGCGCAAACAAGUCUUCGUGAUCUAUCAAAAGCUGUGGGUGGGAUGCGUGGUGCUCUUGGUGUCCCGCGUGUAAAAGUACCUGCGAUGCCACAGGUUCCGCAUCAAGAAGGGACAUGGGUUUUGUGAUGUAUAUAAUCGGUUGUAAUGUAGGAUAGGGUCGAAAGCAUGGCCAAUAUGCAUGGCUGGAGUUAAGGUCACUGGGCGAAACGAUAAG